CCAAGGAAAGGAGAACACAGCUCUAUCUUCUUUUUGAAUGCAUUCAUCGCUGCAGUCAUGCUGACCUGUGAGAUCUGUGGUGAGGAGAUCAUGUUGGAAGAAGACAUGAAGACUCAUCUCCUUAUCAGUCACCUGGAGAAUGACAUGCACUGUCCGCUGUGUUCCCUGUCUGGAGUGUCCUACAAUGAACUCUGCUUCCACAUCAGCUCUGCACACCCAGAACACACAGCCAGCUCAGACUGUUCUGCUGGAACAAACACUGGUGGAAUUGAGCGUGGUAAGCCUCAAACAUCUCAGUCCUGCUCGAUUGGCUGUAGCUCUGCUGCAGCUGGUGAAGCAACAUCCUCCGGAUCCUCUAGUGUCAGCAAAGACUCACUGCAACCUGAACACAAUCAUGGUUUUAUGCUCACACCAGACAGAAGAGCUCUAACACAUGUGGAGACUGUACCAAUUACUUCAACAACACUAAGCUCUAAAACAAAGCCGGAGUGUGUCAGGAGCUGGAGUGAUGCUGCUGCUGGAACUAUAUCUGAGCACAACGAAGCCAAACAGAAGAGGCUGUCCUCUCCAGUAAAAGAGAAGCUCUUCUCCUGCCCCAUGUGUGCACUGGUCUGUAGCAGCUGCUUCAUCCUGCAGGAGCAUGUUGAGCUGCAUCUACAGGAGCAAUGCUCAGCUGAAGGGUCAGGACUGGAGGUGUUUUCAUCAGCUGUGACAUCACCAUCAGCCAGCAGUCUCUCAGGAGAGAAGAGAUUUGAGUGCCCUAUGUGCUCUGUCAACUGCAGCAGCAGCUUCUCUCUGCAGGAACAUGUGGAACUACAUUUAGACGCUGGAGCAGCAGCGAGUCCUGGCUCAGACCUGAAGCUGGCCAGAAAGCUUCAGCAGGAGGAGGAGCAGAGGAGGAGGGAGGAGGAGUCUCAGCAGGAGAGAGAGGAGUUUAAGAAGCUGCAGAGGCAGUUUGGUCUGGAUGGCAGUGGGGGCUACCGCAGGCAGAUGGAGAGGACCAUGGAGAAGGAUGUUGCUAGGGGUCGCAUGGCCCCCGCAGAGUUUCACUGUAAGAGGGCCGAAAUGAUGGAGUCUUUAGCCUCUGGGGUUGAUGAUUACAGGACCAGAACUCAGGGUUUGGUGAGAGCCUUGUAUGAAUACUACCAGACUGAAUGCAGAGACUGUGUGCACGUGUGGUUGAGCACUGACACUGACCACUUCAGCUCCUCAGCGGGGGACAAAGGCUGGGGCUGUGGAUACAGAAACCUCCAGAUGCUGCUGUCCUCUCUACACAGAAUAGAAACAUAUGAUCCCUUCCUACAAGAGAAAGAGGUACCUAGUAUCCCGCAGGUGCAAUGUAUGAUCGAGGAGGCAUGGAAAAGAGGCCUGGAUCCACAAGGUGCAUCCCACUUCAACCAGAAGCUGCAGGGAACACGGGCCUGGAUUGGAGCCACAGAGAUCUACUCUCUUUUCACUUCUCUGGGAAUCAGUGCCCGUAUUAUUGACUUCCACAAGCCGACAGGCCCAGGAGACACCCACCCCCGGCUGUUUGACUGGGUGAAGGAGUACUUCUGUCAGUCCAGCAGGAGCAGCAGACUGCCCCCCAGACUCAUCCAGACCUCUCUGCCUCCACUUUACCUGCAGCACCAAGGUCACAGCCGCACUGUCGUGGGUUUGGAGCAGAAGAAGAAUGGGAGCCUGUGCCUCCUGCUUUUUGACCCUGGUUCCUCACCAUCAGACACCAGGAAGCUGCUGAGCAGAGACAACAUCUCCAGAGCCAUCCGCCACAUCAAGAAGUUCCCCAGCAACCUGAAGCAAAAACAGUUCCAGGUGGUGGCAGUGCAGGGCGUGUUGUCGACUGAAGACAAACAGAUUAGCAUCUUGAACUCCAGGACAUUACGUGCCGAAAGGAUCCCAUGAACACACAAUGACACUCUUCAGGAGCUAUUAAAUGAAUGCAUUUGUUAAAGGUUUUUAUGAUUUACAAUUUUAAAAUUUUAAACUUUAAAUAAACUUUAAAUAAAUGCUCUAA